AUGGGCUCUACGGAUAACGGACACUCUGUCGACCGCCAGUUCGGCACUCUGGCUGUGCACGCUGGUGCGCCUCACGACCCUGUCACCGGCGCUGUCAUCGCUCCUAUCUCUCUGUCGACCACCUAUGCUCAGACCAGUGUUGGAAACCCCGUUGGUGCCUACGAGUACACUCGCAGCUCCAACCCCAACCGGCAAGUUCCCAAUGACAAUUUCGAGGAAGCCAUUGCUGCCCUCGAGCACGCCAAGUAUGCUCUUGCUUUCUCCUCUGGCUCCGCCACUACUGCGGUAGUUCUUCAGUCUCUGGCCGCUGGCUCGCACAUCGUCUCUGUUUCUGAUGUGUAUGGUGGCACCCACCGGUACUUCACCAAGGUUGCCUCUGCGCACGGUGUCGAAGUCUCUUUCUCGCCUUGCGUUGAGAAGGAGGUCGAGCAAUUGAUCCGCCCCGAGACUAAGCUCAUCUGGAUUGAGACCCCCUCCAACCCCACCCUUGGCCUGGUCGAUAUCAGAUACAUCGCCGAUAUUGCCCACCAGCGUGGCAUCCUCGUUGUCGUGGACAACACCUUUAUGAGCCCUUAUGUCCAGAACCCCCUGGACCACGGUGCUGACAUUGUCGUUCACUCCGUGACCAAGUACAUUAAUGGCCACUCGGAUGUCUGCAUGGGUGUUGCCGCAUUCAGCUCAGAGAGCCUCAAGGAGCGCCUCAGCUUCCUCCAAAACGCUAUCGGCGCCAUCCCCUCACCCUUCGACUGCUGGCUCGCCCACCGCGGUCUGAAGACCCUGCACCUGCGCGCCCGCGAGGCCAGCAAGAACGCCACCGUGGUCGCAAAGGCGCUCGAAGCCUCUCCCCACGUCAUCUCCGUCAACUACCCCGGCAUCGACUCUCACCCGCAGCGCAAGAUCGCCGUCAAGCAGCACCGCGAUGGUAUGGGCGGUGGCAUGCUCAGCUUCCGCAUCAAGGGCGGCCAGAAGGCUGCUCACCUUUUCUGCCAGUACACUCAGAUCUUCACUCUCGCUGAGAGUCUUGGAGGUGUUGAGUCUCUGUGUGAGGUUCCUGCUGCUAUGACUCACGCUGGUAUCCCCAAGGAACAGCGUGAGACUGCUGGUGUUUUCGAUGACCUUGUUCGCAUGAGCUGUGGUAUUGAGGACUCUGUUGAUCUGCACGCUGAUGUCCUCCGGGCCUUGGACUUGGCUGUUGCUGCUUCUGAGAAGAAUGGCAGCUCUUAA